GGUUGGCGGUCUGGUGGGUGCUUGUGUGGGUGGCUGAGCAGGCUUGUUCUCUCAGCUCUGUUUCAGGAAGACUGUCCUGAAUUAUGACUAAAUCCUUGCCCAGAGAGGAAGUUUCUGAGCUUUCUUUACUUUGCCGGGAUUCUGAGAAGAGCCCUUGAGUGAAGGAAAGGCUAGAAACCUUUGGGAAACCCAGCCUAGAAGUUCCAGGUGUCUUAGGGACACAGAGUCAGGAAGAUGCCGAAUCCCCGUCUCCACCCCUCCAUCCCCCAACCCCGGGGCUGGGGGGCUCAGAAGGCAGCCUGUGUCCUGUUGAGCCUCUGCCUGGUCACUGUGUAUAGCCUGGGGGAGCCGGCUGCCCACACCCUGCAGUGGCUACUGUUCUACCUUACUGCUAUGCAGGUGAAGCUGCUGCUGAAGAGGGCCUGCUGCCUGGCUGAGGAACUGUGUCAUCUCCAAUCCAGGUACCAGGGCAGCUACUGGCAGGCGGUGCAAGCCUGUGUAGGCUGCCCACUCCAGCAGGGUUCUCUGUUGCUGCUCUCGGGAUAUUUCUGCGUCACCCUCUCCAGUAAUCCAAACCUGUCACUCCUCUGGACUCUUGCCAUGCUGGGCCUUGCCCAAGCACUGAGCUUCAUCCUAGGACUCCAGAGCCUGACUCCAGCUGAGAUCUCUGAAGUCUGUGAAAAGAAGCACCUCAACGUGGCCCAUGGACUGGCUUGGUCCUACUAUAUUGGGUACUUGAAGCUGAUCUUGCCUGGGCUUCAGGCCCGAAUCCAAGCGUACAACCAGUUCAACAAGGAUGUCUUGAGGAGCCCCGAGGGCCAUCGGCUUCACAUCCUCAUCCCCCUGGAUUGCCGGGUCCCUGAUGACCUGAGUCAGGCCGACCCCAACAUUCACUUCCUGCAAGAGCUCCCCCAGCACCGAGCGGACCGGGCAGGCAUCAAAGGCAGGGUCUACACCAACAGCAUCUACAAAAUCUGGGAAGGUGGGCGGCUGGCUGGAGUCUGUCUCCUGGAGUUUGCCACCCCGCUGCAGACCCUGUUCUCCAUGUCCCAGGACGGGCGGGCUGGCUUUAGCCGGGCAGACCGUCUGGAGCAAGCCAAGCUUUUCUGCCGGACACUUGAAGACAUCCUCGAGGAUGCCCCUGAGGCCCGUAACCACUGCCGACUCAUCGUGUACCAGGAACCCGAGGAUAGAACUCUAAGCGGCUUCUCGCUGUCUAAAGAGAUUCUUCGCUCCCUUCGGCAGGAGCGUCAGGAAGAGUUUGCUAUGGAGCCCAGGAGGGACGAGAGUGUGGCCAGAGCCUCCGCCUGGUCCCAGGAGCCCGAGCUCCUCAUCACUGGCAUGGAGCAGCCUCUGCCCCUCCGUACGGAUGGUUUCUGAGCAAGUCCCUCCCUUUAGGAGGGGGCAGCAGGCCAGGGAGCAAAGUGAGCCCUCUCCCAGACCCUGGCCACUCUGGGCCAGGCAAUGCCACCGACUCAUCUGAUCAGACACUGAGAACAGUUGGAACAGACUGCCUGCUGUUCAUCCUUCCCAUCCCUGACACUAGGAUCCGGGGAGCCCCCUAGAUCAGAGAUUCUUUACCCUUUUAAAAUUUUAAAUCCUUUCCUUCUGCCUUAGACUCAAUACUGUGUAUUGGUUCCAAGACAGAAGAGCAGUAAAGGCUGGGCAAUGGGGGUUAAGUGACUUAUCCAGGGUCACACAGCUAGGAAGCAUCUAAGGCCACAUUUGAACUCAGGACCUCCCAUCUCCAGGUCUGGGAUUCUAUCCACUGAGCCACCCAGCAGCCCCUUUCUCCUUUCUUUUCCGGAGGAUCCUGCAUCUGUCUUCUAGCAGACUCUCCAAAGCGAUAAACCCACAGAGGCAUCCUCUUGCUGUCUUAUUUUUAUGGUUGAACUAAUAUUUGGCCACAAACCUUGAGCCCCUUCCCCCGUGCUGGAUGCUCAGAAGUGGAAUGACUCAGAGGUAGCUGAAUAGCUCAGAGAAAGGAGAGGCAGACCUAGAGACAGGAGGUCCUGGGUUCAAAUUUGGUCUCAGACACUUCCUAGCUAUGUCACCCUGAGCAAGUCAUUCAACCCCCACUGCUGAGCCCUUACUGUCUUGGAACCUGUAUGUGGUAUUGAUUCUAAGACAGCAAGGAAGGGUUUUUAAAGAAAGUAGAAUGACUCAACCAGGGUCAACAACGAAUAAGCAUCAGGCCCCUCUUAGUCUGUAUAUCUCUCCGCUAUCGCAGAGAGGUGACACAAAGCAGUUCUGCAGCCAGUAGAAGCAAUUUACUUCAUCCCUCCUUCUCUCCUCAAGCCCUGCUGUAAGGGACAGUGCAGGAGGAGCCCAGAAAGCUUGUUUUUGCCGGUAAACACAAGUUAUCCUCUCCUCUGUCACCUGGCAGGUGCUGAUGAAUGCAUUUUACGUUGGGUGACGUGUAGCAGAGGGAUGGGGGACCGCAGGAGGCCUGGCACUUUCCUCAUGCUUCCUGCUAUGGGCCAGUGUUCCCCGUGACGUGUGGCUCCCCCCUGCCCACAUGCUUUUUUCCCCACGCUGUCCUUCCCUUUGGGAAUGUUUAAUUCUCAUGACCUCCCUGAGGCCUUUUCCAGCUUCUCUACGCUGUAAGCUCUGGAGGAGAGGGAUCCUCUUUCCAUAGCACCUACCGCAGAGUAGUCACUCAGUGCUUACUGACAAUUCCACAGCGUAGGCUUCGAGCAAGAAUGUAGAGGAAACAGGAGGAGGCAGAGACCUUUCAAGAAUAAUGCUGGGAUGUGGCAACACUGGGGCAAUACAUUGUUGGUAGAGUUGUGAAUGAUCCAGCCAUUCUGGAGGGCAAUCUGGAACUGUGCCCAGAGGACUGUAACAUGUGCCUAUAUACCCUUUGAUCCUGUAAUAUACCACUACUGGGUCUGUAUACCAAAGAGAUCAUAAAAAGGGGGAAAGGAUUUAGUUGUACAAAAAUAUUGUAUAGCAGCUCUUGUUGUAGGGGCAAAGAAUUGGAAACUGAGGGGAGGUCCCUCAAUUGGAGAUUGAACACGAUAGUGAUGGAAUACUGUUGUGCUCUAAGAAAUGAUAAGGGGGAUGAUUUCAGAAAAAGCUGGAAAGACCUCCCUGAACGGAUGCAAAGUGAAAAAAGCAGAACCGGGAGAACAUUGUACACAGCAAUUUGUACAAAUGAUCAGUGGUGAAAGACUUGGCUAUUCUAAGCAACACAGUGAUCUAGGACAAUUCUGAAGGACUCUUUUGAUAAAAAAUGCUAUCCACCAGAGAAAGAACUGUUGGAGUCAGAUGCAGAUCAAAGCGUACUAUCUUUCACAUUAGCUUAUCUCUGGUUUCAUUUUGGGAUUUUGGUUUUAUAUGAUUAUUCUCUUAUAACGAUGACCAAUAUGGAAGUAUGUUUUGCAUUAUAAUACAUAUAUAAGCCAGAUCAAGUUGUUUACCAACUCGGAGAGGAGGGAGGCAAAAGAGGGAGGGAGAUCAUUUGGAUCUUAUUUCAGAAAUGCAGUUUGAAAAUUGUUAUUACAUGUAAUUGGGAAAAUAAAUUAUCUUUUAAUAAAAAAUUUAAAAAAGAAUCAGAAAAAAAA